AACUCCUUCAGACUUCAGCGAAGUAUCCCUAAACCUAUCCACAUCAACCCCAGAUGAAGUGGAUAAGUUUAAGGACAAUCGUGACAGUUACGAAUACUGGCAAGAAAGGAUCAAAAUCCGCGAACCUAACCACAUUUCUCGAUCAAAAUCCGUGAAGAUCUCAAAGGCUUGGCGCGGUUUCAAGGGAUUCCUCGAAGACGAGAAGCGAAAAUUGGACAAAUUGGUUUCGAGCAGAAUGAAUGAUGUUAUGAGAAAGAGGACUUUGGCCGAAAUGGAUGUUGAUGUUGCCGAUGGAGCAGCAUCUGAUGUCGGAUGCCGAGCUUUGGUAAAGAAUGAGGAUUUUUUCAAUGCUAAUAGGGAGAAAUUUGAGGCGGCCGAUGCUGCAAAGGCGCAAGGUCAAAAUGGGUACGAGGAUCUCAGACGUUAUAUUAAAUCCGGUGAAGAUCUCAACAAAGAAUUGGCAACCAUAUUACAAGAGAGGGCCGAAGCAGAGAUGACAUACGCAAAACAAUUGUGCAAACUUAGUUCCAAACUAAACCGUGCGUGUCGCGACAGUCGUGGAGGAGUUGCCCAAGCCCUCAGAGGCGUGGCCAGCGACAUGGAAGGCCGAGGAGACGUUCAUAGGCAAUUCUCAAAUUCUCUAAGCGAAGAGAUCGUGAGGCCGCUGAGACAACUUGCAGACGCUCAGCACAGAACUCGCAAAUCUGCAGAAUUGGUCUGUGAUAAAUCCCUGAGACAACUUUCGGAAUGGAGAGCUGCCGAAGCCAAAGCCAAAAAACAGUCGCAUCAAGCUGCCAGGGAAAACGAGAAGCUGCAGGAUGCAUCGCUCGAUGCCAGGUUAGCGAGGGCUCCAAGCCUAGCUCUAAUGAACCAUUCCAACCAUGCCAAAAUGCAUCCUCAACCAAUAAACCAAAACCACCAAAAUCAGGCUGCCAAUAAUCAAAACAACCACCAAUCCGAAAAAGACGCUGCCAGAACCGAGCAAAAAAGAAAGAAAGCUGAAUUGGCUGUGAAGAAGGCUGACGUGGAAUACUACACACUUUGUGUUCGAGCUGAAAGGGCUCGAUUGGACUGGGAGAGUUCAGUUACAAGAGCUUGUCGCGUUUUGGAAGCCCUGGAACGAGAACGUGUAAUCAGAGUCAAAGGAGCUAUUGGUACUUAUUGCGAAUUGUCGGAGCAAUGUGCUCCCCUGAUGGGAGCGCAAAGGGAGACUCAAAGGGCGCUCGCCAGGUGCGAUCCUGAUGUCGAGUUGGAACACGUUCAGGCCAUCAGAAGACAAACCGAGGGUCCUUGCGAACAGCUCCUGCCAGACUUCUACUGCGAACACACGACCUUAGCAAUGAACAGAGAGCGCAGAAAACAGGCUUUGGUCAAAUUACUGCAACUAGUACGACAGGAUUUGAUACGAGAGAAAAAAUCCAGGACCGGCGUCGAAACUUUAUACAGGGCCAUGAAACAGACAAACGGACGCGCAAAUGAAAACAGUAGCAAUUCUAAUCACUCCGAAGGGAUCAGUCAGGAUGAAUCGCAGCAGAAUAUUGAGGAGAAACUGUAUCACAUUCGUUGCAUGCUUUUGUACCUGGAAGGAGCUCGUUACAAGCUGCACGCUGCCCUUUGUGAACUCGAUCACAGAGCCAAGACAGAUCAUCCCUUAGCGGCGUAUCUUAGGGUCACCAGGGACAGAACCGGUCUCCAGCAAAGUGUCCUCCGUGCACCAUCGAGUCUCCGAGACUCACCGCCGAUAGAAAACAACGACACCAGCCCCAUGGAGACACCAGACAUCACCAGUUCUGGUGGUGACACCAAAAUGAACCAGCAGGCUUCAUCACACGGAGGCACCGAUGACGAUGAUGCCUGGAGCGGCGAAGGCAGAGGAGCAGGAGACGGAUUGUCGAACCAGAGAGAUUCGGAUUAUGAUGAGUUUUCGUCUCAAGGAAGUUUCAACGAUGAUUCCACGGAUACCCUGCAGGUUAUCGAGUCGGAUAAGAAUCAUGAAACCAAGGAUGUCAAGGAUGACAACGAUAGUGAUAAGAAUCAUGACAGUGCCUGCGAAACUGAUGGUAGUGAGAAGAUUAUUGGAUAUUGUAAAGCUUUGUACGAAUACCAGCCCGUCCUGGACGACGAAUUGCCACUUCGAGUUGGUGACCUGAUCGGCGUAAUCAGGAGAGAGCAGGACGGCUGGUGGGUAGGACUUUUGAAAGGACGUGUCGGCGUCUUUCCGGCAACUUAUGUGCAAGAUCCUGCAGAUAACAAGGAUAAUUAAUAGAUAAUAGAUUUUGGAAUAAGAUAAGACGACUUUUGACAAUAUAAUUGUUGAUGUUGAAUUUAUUUAUAGUUUAUAUGUCG